GGGGGAAGGCUGGCUCUCAGUGCUCCCAUUGGCCAAAAGUUUGUAGAGGGCGAGCCUCGCUCACUCUCAUUGGUCAGUUGCUCGCUGUGGUCCCAUCCCACAUGCUCCCAUUGGUUGAUUGAUCGAAAAGGGCGGGGACACUGGGCAGCUUUUGUGGAGUGCCGCGGGUCCACAGUGCUGCACUGAGCAGAGAGGAAGGGGCGUCCCGGGAUAUUUGGAGGAUAAAGGGUGAUGACCACACCUGCCGGCUCCGGCAGGGGCUUCGGCUCCGUGUCCUGGUGGGGCCUGUCGCCGGCGCUGGACCUGCAGGCUGAAAGUCCCCUUGUGGACCCAGACUCCCAGGCCGAUACGGUGCACAGCACCCCCGAGCUAGAUGUGCUGCUUCUGGGCUCUGUGGAUGGACGGCACCUGCUGCGGACCCUGUCCCGAGCGAAGCUCUGGCCUCGCAGGAGGUUCAACUUCUUUGUGCUGGAGAAUAAUCUGGAAGCUGUGGCCCGACACAUGCUGAUCUUCAGCCUAGCCCUGGAGGAACCGGAGAAGAUGGGGCUGCAAGAGCGGAGCGAGACCUUCCUCGAAGUGUGGGGGAAUGCGCUCCUGCGCCCGCCGGUGGCCGCCUUCGUGCGCGCCCAGGCCGACCUGCUGGCGCACUUGGUCCCUGAGCCGGACCGCCUGGAGGAGCAGCUGCCCUGGCUCAGCCUCCGCGCCCUCAAGUUCCGCGAGCGGGAUGCCCUGGAGGCUGUGUUUCGAUUCUGGGCUGGCGGCGAGAAAGGGCCUGAGGCCUUCCCCAUGAGCCGCCUCUGGGACUCGCGGCUGCGCCACUACCUGGGCUCCCGCUACGACGCCCGGCGCGGUGUCAGUGACUGGGACCUGCGCAUGAAGCUACAUAGCCGCGGGGCCCAAGUCAUUCACACCCAGGAGUUCCGACGCUGGCGGGACACAGGCGUCGCCUUUGAACUCAGGGACUCCAGCGCCUAUCAUGUGCCCAACCGGACCCUGGCGUCCGGUCGCCUCCUGAGCUACCGUGGGGAGCGCAUGACAGCGCGCGGGUACUGGGGGGACAUCGCCACGGGGCCCUUCGUGGCCUUCGGCAUCGAAGCGGAUGACGAGAGCCUCCUGCGGACCAGCAACGGCCAGCCAGUCAAGACGGCCGGGGAGAUCACUCAACACAACGUGACGGAGCUGCUCCGCGAGGUGGCCGCCUGGGGGCGCGCGAGAGCCACCCGGGGGGACCCGGAGGAGCAGCAGCACACGGAGGGAAGCCCGGAGCCAGAGACUCCAGCCCCCACCCCGGAAUCUUUCACCGUCCACUUCCUGCCGCUCAAUUCUGCUCAGACUCUCCACCACAAGAGCUGCUACAACGGCCGAUUCCAGCUCCUCUAUGUGGCCUGUGGGAUGGCCCAUCUUCUCAUCCCUGAGCUGGGAGCCUGUGUGGCCCCCGGAGGGAACCUGAUUGUGGAAUUAGCCCGGUACUUGGUGGAUGUGCGGCAGGAGCAGCUGCAGGGAUUCAACACCCGGGUCGGGGAGCUAGCUCAGGCAGCUGGAUUCGCUCCACAGACCGGGGCCAGGCCUUCAGAGACCUUCGCACGUUUCUGCAAGUCCCAGGAAUCGGCUCUGGUCAACACUGUCCCAGCUGUGGAACCCGGAACUCUGCCCCUUGACGUCCUGGCCCAGCCUCUUGAAGCCAGCAGCCCAGCCCUUGAGGGCGUGACCCAGCCUCUGCAGGGCGGGACCCCACACUGUGAGCCCUGCCAGCUGCCCUCUGAGGCUCCAGGGCCACUCUCAGAGGUUCUGGCUCAGCCUCAGGGGGCCUUGGCUCCGCCCAACUGUGAGUCAGACUCCAAAACUGGAGUCUGACCCAACCCCUAGACGCCCCUUAUCUCCAACUUCCAAAGUCAGGUUGUAGGAUGAGAACCCUCUGAUACCAUUCUAAGUCCGCUGCUAGAGUCCUCAAUUUUAUUCUAAUCAUUCCCACUCAGUACCCGCCACCCCCACCCCGGGAGUGUUGGUAGAAUUUCAAAUUCCAUUUCUGAGAUUCUGUGGUCUAUUCCUAGAAUUCUAGAUUGUUCUCUCAGAAUUCCAAAUUCCACUUCUGAGGCUCUAAACCCAGCCUAGGAUCUGACCCUGAGUCUCAGGCCCUUGACUUUGGCCCCCUUGUUCCCAGGCACCCUGUGGCUGACUAGGGGCUGGGGUGUCUCCUCACCAGGGCCUGGUCAACAUCCAGAUGGUUCAAGUAAAGCAAAUUGUGUCCACCCUU